GAGAGAGACGGCCCGAGAGAGUUCUGGCACCACUCACUCUCUCUCCGCUCUGUCGUUACUGUGUGGGUGGCGGAGAUGGUCUGAAGACACAGCUAGUUUAUAUUAGCACCUGCCACAGCCCACAGCCCCCAGUAUGCCCCAUCACCCCGACAUCAACGGGUCACACAGAGAUCCCGACAGCUUCCCAUCCCAGUACCGGGACCGCAACACCUUCCCAAGAGGAGAUUUUCGCCAUUUUAGAGAGAGACACCUCCCACCUUCCGUCCGUCAAGGAGACAUUUUGCAAGACCUGAAGGGACGGCUCCGCUCUGGUCCGAGUGGGGCGGAUAUGUUUUUCAACGACUGUUUUUUCACGCCAGACGCCAUGUUCGCUAAGGCAGACGAGGGCGAGGACGCGGGUGGCACUCUGCGCGGGCGGCACCCACACAUGGCCACUCAGGCGGGGUUUCACGUCCCCACCUGGGUGUCGGAUCAAGAUAUGAGUGACUUGGCCACACGCAUGUCACACGCCCCCCACUUCGCCACCAUGGGCAGAAGGGGCGUGGGGGGUGCGGGGGUGCCAUGGCGGGAGCGGCGGCACUCUGGGGGGUCAGGAAUGAGUGCGGCGUCUGAGGAUGGAGAGGUGGACAGAAUGCAAGGGGUUGACCAGACAGUGCCACACGAAAUACCUAUUCGUUUUGAGGCCCCCCCGCCCCCCUCGUUGCAGCCUCAGGGUCAGGGCCAGGCGCAGCACCUCCAGGGACAUCCCCAGGGUCACCCCCAGGGCCCGCCACAGCAGCAGCAGCAGCAGGAGGGGCAGGACAGACCAUCGCAGUGCCCCGUCCGAACCACCUCAGCUGUUGACGCCACGGAACACAGCAACACAGGCGCCCCCAGGAACUCCAGGUGUGCCUCGGCGCCCCCUGAGAUGGCGGAACAGCAGCAGCAACACCAACAGCAGCAGCAGCAUCAGCAGCAGGAGGCGCCGUCACAGCAGCAGCAGCAGCCACAGCGUUUCGUGUCAAAGAUCAGCAUCACGCCCCAGGCCCCAGCCUCGCCACAGACCAAGGCCUCCCCGCCCUUCUCGCCGCUUCCUGCUAAGUUCAACACUGUGCCCAGACCAUUUGUACCAGGGGAGCAGCAGCAGCAGCAGCAACAGCAGCAGCAACAACAGCAGCAGUACCCGCCACAGCAACAACAACAGCAGUACCCACCACAGCAACAGCAGUACCAGUAUCAGCAGUACCCACAGUUCCAGGGGUACCAACAACCACCCAUGGGUUUCUUCCCCCCUGCUGACGCCCAGUGGCAGUACCAGCAGCAGUACCCGCCACAGCAGGCACAGCAGGAGGCCCCGGCACAGCAGCAGAGGGGCGGGGCAGGCGGCAGCGGCGGGGGCAGCGGCCAGCGACCGAGUGUGGUGCGAAACAUUCCAAUCUUUGUGGAGGGCCGCGAUGAACCACUGGAGCAAGAGGCCAAACCACAGCAACAGUGGACACAGCAGCGCCACGCACACCACCCACAGCAACCCGCACCCCAACAGCACCCUCAGGUACCACAACCCCCCCCGCCACCCCCGCCACAGACCAAGAGCAAGCAGAGACGCCAGCAGGCACAAUCACACCAGGCCACACCACCUCCACACCCUGUCCCUAUCCCUAUGCCGGCCACCACAGCCCCUCCACAGCAGGACACAGCACCGCCACAGCCACAGACACAGACCCAGGGACCUCCCCCACCCCCACCACCCCCACAGCCGCAGCAGGACCGCAGGAUAACGGAGAUAGAGAAAGUUAGAGGCACGGUGGCAGAUCUGCGGGAAAAGGUGGACAAUUUUAAAGGCGGGAAAAGGAACCGCGAAUUUCUGUACCUGGAUGAAAUGUUGACCCGGGCACUACUACAGCUGGACAACAUUGACCCCGACGGCUGCGAUGAGGUCAGACAAGCCAGGCGCGGGGUCAUCAAGGACAUCAACAGCGCCAUUACCAAGUUGGAGACAUUAGCGAAAGAUGACGUUUCGAAGGAUUCAAAUAGCGCAGUGGAAGAUGCAAAGGAACCACAGGGAGAGGAAGGGAAGAAGGAGGAGGAGGAGGAGGAGGGGAAGGAGAAGGAGGAGGAGGUGGUGAAGGAGGAGAAGAAGGAGGAGGAGAAGGAAGGUUGUGUACAGGAAGAGAAGAAGAAGGAAGAAUCUAAUGCUACUUGAGUUAAAUGUGUGUUCUCUCUCUCUCUCUCUCUCUCUCUCUCUCUCUCUCUCUCUCUCUCUCUCUCUCUCUCUCUCUCUCUCGAACUUUCUCAACCAGUUUUUUUUUCUUCCCAGAGAGAGAGAGAGAGAGAGAGAGCCUUCCAUGUGAUUCUCUAAAAUGUCUGUCUGUCUGUGCGUCUGUCUAUAUUAUUUCUCUAUAUAUAUAUAUAUUAGUUAGACACAGAUGACUAUUGUAUAAUGUAUAUUGUAUAAUGUAUAAGAAUGAAGAGGAAAAAAAUA